AUGGAAGCUGAACGACUCGCUGAAGGCACGGAGGUGAGGCAGCGCAGCCUCUUGAAUAUGCUCAGCAACGAUCCUGUCAUGGCGAGGGUCGUCAAAUGCAUGCAAGGGGCUCACUGGAUUGCGCGGAACGACGCUCCUAUCGCGCUCUUCCCCAUGCUGGUGCGGUUCAUGGCGGAGCAAGGAUGCCCCGACAUGAUGAACGGCGAAUCAUACGCCUUCGGCGGGUUCGUAGAGGCUAUGGCGGAGCAUCUGGUGGCCAAGCAGCUCGUGGACAUCAAAGAGUCGGCCUGGUACAGCCUCUCCUUCGAUGAAUCCACGGAUCGCGCCCGUGGAAAGCACCUCAUCGUGUAUGUCACGUUUGAGAGAGGCGAGGCCGUGGUGUCCCAGUUUCUUGCUCUCCUGUCGCUCGAUCGUUGCGACGCCGCAGCACUGCACGACGCGAUCGUGAAGUGUCUGUGGUCGAAGGACAUGUCGAUGGACAAGCUUGUCGGGGUGUCAACGGAUGGUGCACCCGUGAUGACUGGCUCGAAGAACGGCGUUGUCGCCAUGCUUCGGAAACGAUGCCCGUGGCUGGUGGCGAUUCACUGCGUGGCGCAUCGCGAGGCAUUGGCUGCCAAGGAUGCCGCGAAGAGCUUCAAGGAGUUCAACGUCGUCGAUCAGAUGAUACGCCAGACUGCAGAGCGUCUCGGGCGUUCAUCGACCGAUCACAAGACCUACAUGCAUCUCCAGGACGUCAUUCUGCAGACGCACCUGGAGGUGCAAGGCUUCUGCACCGUCCGUUGGUUGUCUCGCGGGGAUGCUGUGAAUCGCUUCUGUGACGUGCUGCCGGUGCUCAUGUGGAUGUGGACGAAGGAGAAGGACGAGACGGAGAAACUCGCUACCAGCUUCAAGUUCCACUAUAUGCUUUAUCUCCUGGCUGACGUGCUGCAACUGCUCAAUGGACUCAAUCUAUCCUUCCAGAAGCAGACAGUCGACAUCACAGAGGUGAAGAAUCAUGUCGACAAGGUGAAGACCAAGUUGUCGCAGUACUACGUCGAGCCCGGCGCAUCCAACGGGCCAAACACCUCUCGCCUGAACAAGUUCCUUGCUGCACACGGCAGCAAUGACAAGCGCAAGCUGGAGCUCAAGGGAGUGGACGAGAACGGCAAGCCUGCAAAAGCCGAGAUCGAGCUUCACGAGGACAUCAUCGACCCUGAAAACCCAGGGGGGGGAUGCGACUUGGAGGCAUGCGUGGACCUGGCGAGGCGUUUCGCACAGCGCCUGAUUAAGGCGCUGGGGAAGAGGAUGGCGGACCUGCGCCAUUUCGAUGGUGUUGGAUUUUUCUCCCCUGAUAAGUAUCCCGACCGUGCAGGAGAGCAGGACGCAUGGUCUGGUGAUGGCGACGAGCCCGUUCAGGAGCGGCAUCGCCGGCGUGAAUCCCGAUGUCACGAAUCCGAGGACCAUCCGUUGCCGAAGCGCGCCAAGCUGGGUGACGUGGAUGAAGAUUUUGCCGAGGGUGCUGCCGCCGGUGCUGCUGUCGGUACAUCUUCGCUUCCACGUGCUGCUGAUGAGCGACGUAAAACAGCUUCACAAGCGCAUGCUGCUGACGAGGGACUUCAGAUAUUUUCAUCACCGGGUGCUGCUGAUGAGGGGCCUCGGGUAGCUUCACCACCACGGAAUGCUGACACGCACGGACAAGCAAUUAAUCCACGCUCACGCGACGACGAGUCGGCGCGUCGUGGUCGUGCGGAAGGUGCAUCUGUGGCGAGCGACAUCCUUCGUGUUACCAUGAGUUGUGCAUUUCGUGAUGGUGCUGCUGAUGAUGCGUCCGCGGCGGGGGGAAUCGACGAGCUGUGGCGGAAGGCGGAGCUGCGCGCGGUGACCGCGGAGGUGGCGGAAAGCGAGGCGCGGAUGAAGGCGCUGGGGGCGGAGAGGGAUGCGCGGGAAGCGAGGGUUGCGCGCGCCAGCGAGAGGUGCAGGAAGGCGGAAGUGUCAAUCCAGCAAGCCACGUCAGCAGUGCACAUGGCGCGGCACGCGCAGUACUCCUUGCGGGCGGCAGAAUGGGCGGCAGCAGUGGGAGUGAGAGAGGGAGUGGCGGCAGCAGAGGAAGGGAGAAGACGGUUGAAUCAGCUGCUGAUGCUGGCAGGAUCUGAAUCAGGGCACGGGGAUGAUCAAACCAAGAGUAUUACACUUGGUGGUGAUGGUAUGCUGAUGCUGGAAGGAUCAGAUGCAGCAGCGUCAGGGAAGAGAGAUGAGAAGGAGUCCACUUUUGAGGCGCCUCAAACCAAGAGUAUUACACUUGGCGGCAUUGGUAUGCUGAUGCUGGCAGGAUCGGAUGCAGCAGCAUCAGGGAGGAGAGAUGAGAAGGAGCAUGCAGCACAUGGCUUGCGGCAGGGUUUUGAGUCGACUCAAAAGUCAGCUGUGCUAAUGUUGGAAGGAUCGGAUGCAGCAGCAUCAGGGAAGAGAGAUGAGAAGGAGCAUGCAGCACAUGGCUUGCUGCAAGGGAAGCGGCAGGACGAUGCGAUUGAUGGAGCGGCGGGGCGGGUGGAGCGCGGAGGGGCGGAGUUACACGGGGAGCGAGAAGCUGAGGGGAGUGGAAGGUUAGAGGGACGGCCAUUGGAUGCCUUGCAUGCGCUGAAGGCCCUGCAGAUGGCAGCAAAGGAUCUCUCAGCAGCAUCCUUUGCAGUGGCGGAUCAUGGUGUUGACCUGGGCUGGGCGUUGUAG